GCCGGAUCGGCUUUCAGCUGCAGCCUCCGGGCCGGCCGGGAAGGCGGGGAGCGGGCGGCGGCGGCGGAGGGGGAGGCGGCGGCGGCUGCAGCAUCCAGGGCUGGCCGCGGCGGCCGGCGCGCCCCGCGCACAAAGGCGCCCGGCCCCCGGGGAGGGCGAUGAGCGCCCCGCAGUCCGCGGCCGGGGCCCAACGCCAGCCACCGCCGCUGCCCGCGCUCCGGGCGCCGGGGAAGACGCAGGGCGGCCGAGGCGCGGCCCGUGAGCCCUGAGCUCGGGACUCGCCGCCCUCCCUCCGCGUCGGGGCGCGGAGAGCUUUGGAGCAGCGGCUACAGCGAGGGCCUCGGCGCGCCCCCGGGAUCCGCGCAGGAGGGCGCCUGCCCGCUCCUCGCCGACCGACCUCCCGCACCUUCCCGCGGCGUCCGAGCGCCAACUUCCCCAAGAACGCUCCAACUCCAGGCCACCCCGCCGGGCGGAGGGGGCGCUGCUGCCGGGCACCCGCCGGGAGGACGCACCCCUGGCCCCAGGGAGCCAGCCGGCGUCUCCGGGGGAAGCUGGGGCGGGCGCCUCCCUGGGAAGCCCAGACCUGCAGGCGGUCGCCCUCUCUUUUAUGGAGCUUGGGCCCCUGCCCCAGCCCGGCAGAGGCUGUGGAGGUGGUAGACCGUCCGGCAGCCUGGUGGUGCCCAGGCCCCCGGCCCAUCCCUGGCAGCGGGGCACGGCAGCUCCCACGAGGUAGCAGCAGCGGCGGCCUGAGCUUGAGCCCCUCCUGGGAGUGAACCAUGGGCCAGAAACUGUCGGGGAGCCUCAAGUCGGUGGAGGUGCGCGAGCCGGCGGCGCUGCGGCCGGCCAACAAGCGGGAGCUGCGCGGGGCGGAGCCGGAGCGGCCGGCGCGGCUGGACCAGCUGCUGGACAUGCCGGCGGCCGGGCCGGCGGCGCAGCUGCGGCACGCGUGGAACCCCGAGGACCGCUCGCUCAACGUGUUCGUCAAGGACGACGACCGGCUGACCUUCCACCGGCACCCGGUGGCGCAGAGCACGGACGGCAUCCGCGGCAAGGUGGGCCACGCGCGCGGGCUGCACGCCUGGCAGAUCCGCUGGCCGGCGCGGCAGCGCGGCACGCACGCGGUGGUGGGCGUGGCCACGGCGCGCGCGCCGCUGCACUCGGUGGGCUACACGGCGCUGGUGGGCAGCGACGCCGAGUCGUGGGGCUGGGACCUGGGCCGCAGCCGCCUCCUGCACGACGGCAAGAACCGGCCCGGCGUGGCCUACCCGGCCUUCCUGGGGCCCGAGGAGGCCUUCGCGCUGCCGGACUCGCUGCUCGUGGUGCUGGACAUGGACGAGGGCACGCUCAGCUUCGUGGUGGACGGCCAGUACCUGGGCGUGGCCUUCCGCGGCCUCAAGGGCAAGAAGCUGUACCCGGUGGUGAGCGCCGUGUGGGGCCACUGUGAGGUCACCAUGCGCUACAUCAACGGCCUGGACCCCGAGCCCCUGCCGCUGAUGGACCUGUGCCGGAGAUCCAUCCGCCUCGCCCUGGGCCGCCAGCGCCUGCAGGACAUCGGCUCCCUGCCUCUGCCUCCGGCUCUCAAAAGCUACCUGCAGUACCAGUGAGCGGCGCUGGGGGCGCUGGUGGGCAGCCGUGGGCCGCGGGGCCCGGCCGCCCCUUCCGCGGGCGCACAGAACAUUCACAGGAAGGCGUCUUUCUCACCCCGGUCCCCCCAGAACUUUGUUCUCUGAAAGGCCAGUACUACGCGUUCCCGACUUUGAAAAAUGAAUGUCUGUUGCCAACAGUAUUUGCUGCCUGAGAAGCAGCUCUCCCCGAGUCCCGCCGCCUCCGCCCUGGAAGCCGCCAAGCCCCCCGGGAGGAGGCCGGCCCGCCCGCCCGCCCGCUGGACUCCGCAGCCACCGGAUCGGAUCGUAUUGAUCCGAGAGCCUGUUUCCAUAUUCAAGAGAAUGAAUAAAACAUUGGGGCAGGAGACUCUCUGUGGUGUGCCCGGAGCAGACAGACAGGGCCAGCUGGGGGAGAAGCUGCCCCUGAAUAAUGAAUGAUGACAGCAGCCACUGCGUCCCCUCCGGACCCUCGCCCCUGGCAGGGCAGCCGGAUACGCUAGGACUUUGCCCUUUGGAAAGGGAUGCCCCGAGGCAGAGCUGGCAAGUGGCCCGAGCAGUGUUUAGCCGCCUUCUGGCUUACCUCUGAAAGUCGUUUACUUACCCCUGUCAACUGCCUUCCUGCCCCACACCCACCCACUGCACCCCUCACCCCCCUUUGCCCCAGGCACCUCUUAUUCAGGGAAGCUGAGUCUCACACGAAUUCACCCCAGGGACAGAGUGUUUAUUAUUAUGUUACGUAGCAGGUGCAUUGUAAGAGAGGAGUAUGAGGAGUGAGGGCAGUUACUUAGUCCAAAGGUGCUAAUGGGGAGGUUGGGGGCAUUGCGACCCCCUGGUGGAUGAUGCCCAGGGGUCUCUAGGCAACCAUCCACUCAGGAUGCAGCCCGGUUGCCACAAAGCUUUAUCUGAGCAAAUUAUUUUUUCACUUUAGGAGACUUGUACGAGCUUGUCUGUUUCAAAGGUGUGUGUGUGUGACGUGCUGUUUAUUUAUCAGCGUGGGGCCCGCGGGGGCAGCCCUGUACCUGGAAGGGCGGACGUGGGAGGCACCUUCUUCGCCUGCCCCAAGCCUGGCCUUCUCCUCCCGGAAGGAUGCUGCUGCUGCUGAGACCGCCUCCUCUGGGCACAUCUCGCGAGCGUUUCCGACGCUCCCUGCCCAGACUCCUUUUUAACUGGAAAUUGUCCCAGCAGUGGAAUCUCAGAGCCCCAGAUGGCACUGCCGCCCCCACUUUAAUGUGAAUUUGACUGAUGAAUGAGGAACGUUUCUAAUAAAGUGUGUCAUUCAGUCCU